AUGGCACUAGAAGCGCAGCAGCUUCGUUGCCAGCAAUGUCUUCAAGAAGGGACGGGGUUAGCACUAGAAGAAGCAGCGAUUACUGCCCGUUCGUGCUUAAAUAUUGACGAGACGCUAGUCUAUGGGUAUCUGAUGCUCACAGAGGCGUUAUCUCGGCUGCGCAGACAUGAUGAGGCCGUGACUUGGUAUAAGAAAGGACUUCGGCUGCAUCCCGAUAAUGCAGAUUUACAGUUGGGACUGAAAGAAGCUCGAGUGGCAGUUUUAAAUGCUUUACUUGAGGAGAGUGACGAAGAAGAAGAUGUAAAAGGUAAACUACUAACUACGGAAAUGUGUGCUCAAACUAUUCCGAAUAAAGGAUCGUACGAACAUUCACAUAAGAUUGAAUCAAUAAGUGAGUGCAGUACGCUGCACUCUACACAGAUUGUACAGCAAACACAGUCAUACACCACUGCUGACGAUAAUAAAGGUCUAGUUCCUGACAACAUGGGAACUGAAAUACUAGAAAGCGGUGACGAAAAGGUGUUGAGUCGUAGAUUUCAAGCGAAAGUGGAACGGAUCCUGGAACAUCUUGACGCGCAAAAGCUCGCGAGGAUGACGAUCAUGAGUAUAUUUGCAGAGUUGAUAAGUUUACGAAGCGUGACUUUUGGAACUGGAUUAUUAGUUCUUGGCCUACUUGCUCAAGCGAUAAUUCAUCGACAAAUUCUCAUGGUGUUAUCUAUGCUGAUAAUAUGCAUUUAUCACUCUCAGCUGAAAAUAAGCGCUCGACACUAUGCGCAAAAUUGGGUGCAGACGUCUGAGGAUAAGCUCUGUGCGCUUAAGUGGCUCCCGCAAUUUUGUUACCUAAUUCCGAUUCUUAUGAGGGCGUUUGGACAGCUAAAGUUUAUGCUAUGUUUGCAGCAAGAUUUGCGUUUGGCAGGAGUUGUGCUAGUAGUAACAGCGAUGCUGGUUGCCAACUCAUUGCGGACUAACGCCGGACAACAAGCAAAAUUGUGGGGCGAAGGAAGACGUAUCAAGUUUGCGGCCUAUUUCACAACGAUUGCAUACUGGGUAGUUUGGCGAGGUCAAUGGGCCGACUCUUUAAGAUUGUUUGGGCCAGCUUUUAUUGAUGCGGGUGGCAUCGUGCUAGGAUGUAUUUCAUCGGAUGAUUUGCACGAAAUAUAUCGUUGCACAUUCGUAAAGCUCUACAACGAUGUGGCAAAUGGUAUACAAUCCGAUGUCGACCUUGAUACAUGGUUCUUUUUAGGUCUCAGCGGCUGGCUAAUCGAAUACUGGCAGCAGCCUACAGAUUUUUCAAUGGAAAUGCUGUCGAAAAUGCUAGCAGAAUGCUUCGACGCAAUGGAGAAAGCAGCAGUGCGGACUUUUCGUCCAGAGCUCCGUCAGUUGCGGAAUCAAGUCAAUAAUAUGGAAAUUUCUGACGAGUUACAUCUUCUGGUUGUAUAUUUUAAGCAAAGUCUCGAAGCUGUUCCACCCGCACGAUAUUUUGGCAUGACAACAUUGUUUAUUAAAUCUUGUCCAUCCUUCGUUAUAUUCGGCUUUCUUGUCAUUUUUUACGGAGUCAUCUCGUUACCGUCAUUGCCAUUUGUCGUCUCGGAGUUUAAAAAUGCGAAAAUAAACUAUGAUCGUUUUAGCACGGGUAAACUGCAGAAAUUGGAUGGUUUUGAACUGAUGUUGCUGGAUUCGCCAUUGUUACACGUCUGGAAAAAUUUAAAGAACUGCAUUUAUUACCUUGAGGGUAGUGUCACAUUUUCAAAGGCCUUAACCACUGGAACGCACGUAAUAUCGGCAGCGGCAAGAAUCAGUCAAUUAGCGGCCUUCGCAUCUCGUGUAAGGAAUAAAGGCAUAUUUGCAAAUGCUCACGAUAUCCCAGACCAUAUCGCGAAUUUGUUUCUCGUCGUAAAGGACUCAAGUUUAAUCUUUGACGGGGUGCGACAUCUGCGUGGAAGCAGUCACAUUCAGGAUCUACAGGCCUCGAUUUGCAAUUGGUGGUCGGGGGGAACGACAUAA